CACAUAUUGUCCGCUUCUAACUUCGACACUCCUCAAACCCUCUAUUAAGACCCCCCGAACACUCAAUUCAACCAAAGACUAUCUGCAAGACAAAGAUCCUUCCUCAAAGGCUCCCCCACCUACCCCGCCACGUCGUCCUUCGAUUGGAAAUCCGAUAAGUAAUCGAUCAACACGAAAACAAAAGUCGUUCUUCAACUUUCAAAAGACCAUCUCUCAUCGCUGCUGAAGUCGAACCCAUCCGCCGAGCGAAUACAGUCUUUUCAUCAUGUCUACUCUCGUGGAGAUUAAGUCUGAGGAUGCUUUCAAUAAGCACUGCUCUGCACUACCUGCUUCCACUCUUCAGAUCAUAUACUUCAAAGCCGAAUGGGCCGCACCAUGCAAGCAAAUGACCACAGUCCUACAAACUCUCGCCUCCUCAUACCCAACCACCGAGCCGCCAUCUACAUCAUGGAUUGCCAUGGAUGCCGAAGAUGUUAUGGACAUUAGCGAUGCUUUCAACGUUACCGCAGUGCCAUUCCUUGUCCUCAGACGCGGAGAACAAGUCCUUGAGACGGUCAGUGGGAGUGAUGCUACAAAAGUUCGGACUGCUAUUGAGAAGCACGCAAACACGUCGAGUUCAGGUGCAGGUAGCAAGGUUUAUUCAUCUGUAGCUGCCACUGGUACAACAGGAACCAAGAACCUAAGCAAUUAUGCGCCGUCGGCUCAAGACCCAGCGACUGCUCCUCAAUAUUCAUCCGGCGAGGUUAAGGAAAGCAAGGAGGAAUUGCACAAGAGACUGUCGACAUUGGUCAAAGCGGCGCCAGUAAUGCUGUUCAUGAAAGGAACUCCAAGCGCUCCUCAAUGCGGCUUCUCGAGACAGACGGUUGCGAUUCUUCGAGAGAACUCGGUCAAGUACGGAUUCUUCAAUAUUCUAGCGGAUGAUGAAGUCAGACAAGGCUUGAAGGAGUUCGCGGAUUGGCCAACUUUCCCUCAACUGUGGGUAGAUGGUGAGCUUGUGGGUGGAUUAGACAUUGUCAAAGAGGAGAUUGCAAAUGACCCCGAUUUCUUCAAGGCAUACAGCAUACCCAAGGCUGCGACGGCUACGACAUAGAAAAUGAAAAUAAUACCCUUUUUCGCGGUUCUCUCAUGGCAAUUGCAUUCUGCUCUAUCUUGAUGGAUGAAGGAAAGUGAUUUAGCAGGGUUUCGGUGCUUCUCAAUUGCGUGCAUGUUUUCCGGUAGGAGGGUUAUGGCGAGUGCCUACA